GGUGCAUUCGAUGGAAUUGUUCCGAUCAAUAUUUUUUCCCACCAGCGUCGACUUGCCAGACCUAGGCAUGGAUGAGAUGAUCAAGUACCGUUAAAUAGUGGGACCAGUCUAAAUGGACGGCCGCUGAUUUAAAGGAAGCUCGCAGAUGCUCUUCGCUCGCCCUCGCUUCAUCGCCUCCUCAAAACCCUAAACCCUCGACCCGUUCCGACCCUCCCCUGAGUUGCGCGAGCUUAGAGCAAGCAGGAGAGAGGGCAAGGGGGAAGAAAACGAGAAGGGAUGGUUCGCCCUUACGCCGUGAAGGGGCGAAAGCACAAGAAGAGAAAAAUUGAAAAAGUGGUAGAAGAGCAGAAAGAUGAGGUCUUGGAAGCGGAGGAGGAGGAGGGCGUGAAGGAAGAGGAGGCGGGGAGUGGAGGAGAGGCGGCGGAGGCGGAGGAUGAGAGGAGGGCGGAGGAGGCUGUGGAACAGAUGGCGGGAAUCCCCAUCAUGCCUCCCGUCGAGGGGGCGAAGAAGCCCGGCGUCAUCUUCGUUCUCGAGAAGGCAACCCUGGAAAUCGGCAAAGUCGGGAAGGCAUUCCACAUUCUGAACUCAGACGAGCAUGCCCACUAUCUAAAAAAGCAGAACCGUAAUCCUGCUGAUUAUAGGCCAGAUAUCAUUCACCAGGCACUUCUUGCUAUUUUUGAUAGCCCCGUAACUAAGGCUGGGAGGCUGCAGGCUGUUUACGUAAAAACUGAUAAAGGAGUUCUUUUCGAAAUUAAACCAUAUGUACGCAUCCCACGUACAUUCAAGCGGUUCUCUGGGCUCAUGUUGCAAUUACUUCAAAAAUUGAGUAUAACUGCUGUUGGCAAGCGUGAGAAACUUCUUAACGUGAUAAAAAAUCCUGUUACACGCCACUUGCCUGCCAAUUCCCGUAGAAUAGGCCUUUCAUAUAGCUCAGAGAAGUUGGUUGAUCUGAACAAUUAUGUUGCUGCUGCUGCAAGUGAUGAUGUCAGCCUUGUUUUUGUGGUUGGUGCUAUGGCACAUGGAGUGAUUGAUAAGGAAUAUGCAGAUGAUUUUAUAGCCAUUUCUGAAUAUCCGCUCAGUGCAGCAUGCUGUUUAAACCGGAUAUGUGGUGCACUCGAGCAAAAGUGGAGGAUCAGAUGAAGCAAAGUCCACCCAGAACUUUUCUUCACUCUUUCUUUGUUUAUCUAGUAACUCAACCUUUCUCCUUCCUGCAAGCUAGCCAUUUCCAAGUCUCUUUCAUCUGUUUAUAUGAUAAUGGUGAAUUCUAUUUAUUGAUGAGCCUAGUAUUUCUCGCUUCCAUCAAACAUAUUGCUGCAAGAUAUGGGAAAGUUGAGAUUAUUUCAAAACUGUAUAACUUCAACUAUUUUUGUUUCUUUUUGAAUGCAUAUUUUUCCCUUAUGUAGCUUGAUAAUUUUGAAUUAUAUAGUGAUUUGAUGAUGAGUAGUUUUGAGCUAA